UUCAUCUUCUCCAUUAUCAUUAACAACAACAGUAAGUCACUGUCUUUCUGUCUGUUUGAUGCUUCAUUCAUUAGUUUUUGGCUAUUCUGUACCUUAAAGCUUAUAUAAACACAUGUUUAUUUAUUUUUAUGAAUUUCACUGUUUUGUGAGGGUUUCUUGAUUGUGUUAUUCUGUUAACUGAAAGAGAUCAUUUUGUCCCUUAGAUGUAUACAUACCUUUUAGCUAUGAUCAAACUUGCGCAAUCUAAAUAGCAUUCUGUCCCUUAGCCGUCAACAGAGACACCACAAAUAGUCUGCAAAAUAAACAAGUUAUAACUUUCUGUUACCACCGUCUUUUUAAAACCUUUUGCUGAUUUCAUUAUCGGGUAUUAGCUCCUUUGUAAAUUGUACUCGUACCUUUUUUUCAACUUCCAUCUUAUUAUACGAUAAUCAACCAUGAUUGUUGAUCAGUCCUGUCAUAAAACGCUCAAAAAGCUUUUAACUUUUUCGUCAAAUUCCCUUUUUUUCACACUCGUAAAUCGUUACAAACUCCCUUUUCAACACACCCAGAAAUGCAGCUACACAAAUGUAUACAUGAAAUGGAAAAAAGAUUCAUACUUUGACACUAUUGAAUCAAUCCAUAACUCUAUGAAACUGAAACCCAUUAUCGCUCUCAAGAACUGUAUCAUUGCCUCACCAGAAAAAUGCAUUCCGAUUUCUGAUGUUUCCAAAAAAGGCUUACAAUUAGAUAUACCCAUUAAGGUUGCUAAGUUUCUGAGACUGUACCCAUCUGUUUUUGAAGAAUUUACGGGCCCGAAAUAUAAUUUGCCAUGGUUUAGGUUAACCGAUAAGGCUAUUUUGCUUGAUGAUGAAGAACAGCGUGUUUAUAGGGAUUUUAAAGAUGAUUUAGAUCUAAGAUUGAAGAAGUUUAUACUUAUGAGUGUGGAAAAGAGGUUGCCUUUGAAGAUAAUACAAGGGAUGUUGUGGUAUUUAGGGUUGCCAGAUGAUUAUUUGCGUAAUUUAGAAGGGCAAGUUGGUGGCUGUUUUGAGCUAGUCGAAAUGGGUGAUGGGUUAAAAGGUUUAUCAGUAGUGAAUAGUGGAAAUUGUGAAAGGAUUAUGUCAGUACUUCAAAGGAAUGCGUUGAGGAAUGGAAGUUGUAUCGGUGGACCAAUGGACGCUAUUGCAAUUCCGUUGUUUCCGUCUAAAGGUAUGAGGUUGAGGACGAAGAUUUUGGAUUGGCUGGAUGAUUUUCAGAAACUUCCAUAUGUUUCACCAUAUGAGGAAUGUCUGAAUUUGUGCCCCGAUAGUGAUGUGGCUGAGAAACGGGUCCUGGGUUUGCUUCAUGAGUUGCUUACUUUAUUUGUUGAACAUUCUGCUGAGAGAAAGAGGAUUUUGUGUUUGAGAAAGUACAUGGGAUUGCCACAAAAGGUUCAUAAGGCAUUUGAGCGACAUCCCCAUGUGUUUUAUCUAUCAUUAAGGAAUCAUACGUGUACUGCGAUAUUAAAAGAAGCGUAUUGUGAUGAAACGGCCAUAGAGGUCCAUCCUCUUGCCGAGAUAAGGAAAAAGUACAUUGAUUUGGUGAAAGAAUCAAAAGUUAUAUUGAAGAAACGAAGGAUGCGGAAUCAUUCUUUAUGUGUGGGUGAUGAGGAUGUGAAGUUGGAUUUAGGUGAAGACGAAACUUAUAAUGCAAGAGGGCAUCAGCAAACUAUAGCAUUUUGAGCAAGCUAGCUACUAUUUUCGGCUGUAAUGUCCACACCGUGCAAAUACCAGGCAAACCCUCCAAAAAUUAAACAAAAACACAGUACCGUUUUGAAUCAUGACUGACUUUGGUUUUGUUGUACUUAUAUGCAGAUUCAGUUUCAUUAGGGCCUACAUUGAGGGCUGCCCAUGGUUGGCUGUGCAAUAAUGAGGAUAGUUUUGUGCCGAAAUCUUCCAUGUAUAAAGAUAAGUUAGAGAAGACGCCUUUUGCUGAUGAAACGAAUGGAAAAACCGGCUUGUUCAUAUAAAUUAGGAAGAUGAGAUCUAGUAUGAGCAUUUGAUUACAUUGAAGCUCUGUUUUAUGUACAGUUUGGGUAGUUCUUUACAUAACAUUCUAGUAAUAAGCUCAUUCGAAUUCGGAUACAAACUAGUUUUUUGUCCCCGGCCCCAGGAGACAUUACUUAACAUGUAAACAUGUGGAAAAUUAUAUAAAAUGAAAUUUUUGUGUCAAAA